AUGAACACCCUCAAUGCAAGCACGAACACUUCCCCGUUUCAGCUUCACAUCGGACGUUCACCUCGUAUCAUACCCCCCCUACAACGACCAUCGACGGACAAAAGUACAGAAGAUCAACGCGCUCGACUGCUCCUGACGCAACUCCAAUACGACGUUAUGGAGGCCCAGGACAGUCUACUUGCCGCUAAGGCCUCACAAGCGACGCAGGUUAACAAGCAUCGUUCAGCAGAAUUGACACUUCACGUCGGAGAUAAGGUCAUGCUUUCGACACGACACCGUCGGCGCGAAUACAUGCAGAAGGGAGAUAAGCGGGUCGCUAAG